AUGCAAGAAGAACUAACAACUUUUGUAGGUUCAAUAAAUGAUAAUCAAAUUACAAUGUUAAUAUUAACAAAUCAACCAAAUUUUUCAAUUUUUAAUUAUUUACAAAUGAUUAUAUUAAAAUCAAAUAAAAAUAUAGUAAUUUCAUAUUUAAUUGAAUCAAUUGAACAUAAUAUGAAAAUAUUAAAGAAAUUAAUUUCAUUAAUUAAUAAUGAAUUAAGUGUUGUUAAAAAUUUUGAAAUUUCAAAAGAACAAUUAGCUUAUUUGAUGUUAAAUAUUCCGGGGUUAAUUGAAUAUUUAACUACCACAACUACAAAUAAUGAAAAUAAUUCAAUUUUAGAUAAUGAAUCAAGUGAUAUUAGUGCUGAUAUUGAUGCAAAAUUUCAAGAAUUUAUUUCAAAAUAUCCUACAAUUUAUUCAAUUCUUAAUUCAAAUGAGUUUAAUGCUUGA